AAAGUCUCAAACCUCCGCUUUUGAAAAUCACCAAAGGAAACGUCAUCGUAAGCAUCAAUGGUUGCUCUCUCCACACCACCACCGCAACAACCAUCAUCAACUACCACACAAGAUGGAACCAUCUCUACUCUCCACCCUGACAUCCUCCAGACUCAUAUUCUCACCCUCCUAGACGGCCCAACCCUGGCUGCUACAGCCUGUGCAUCAUCAGAAUUAUAUGCUCUCUCUACAGAAGAUAAACUCUGGCGAAAUAUCUGCACUUCCUCUUGGCCAUCCAUUAAUGAUCCAACUGUCAGUAGCAUCAUCUCCACGUUCUCUUCCGGGCACCGGUCAUUUUUCUCAGACUCAUACCCUCUCCUCCACCACCACCAUCACAGUUCAUCGUUUCUGACAACAAGCACUGAAUAUCUUGUCUCAGCAGUUGAUAUUUAUUACAAGGAUGUUGCUAUUUUCUCAAAAGUUGAAAAGAAUGAGACUUUGACUGAUUGGUUCAAGUGCUCUCCCUUCAGGGUCGACUUGCUCGAGCCCAAAGAGUUUGUGCAGACAUUGAUACAAUAUCAAACAGGUGAAAAAGACUCGUUUGUGAAGCAACUUGAAGAAAAUAUGACGUUAAGUUGGAUUUUGAUUGAUCCAAAAAGAAGAAGGGCUAUGAAUUUGUCAAGUGGGAGGCCAGUGUCAGUGCAGAGGCACUGGCUAACUGGGGAAGUGGUGGUGAAGUUUGCCACCAUAAUGGCCGGAGAUGGAGGGGAGAAGGAGUUUGUGGAGUGUGGAGUGAUGGUUUGUUGUGGGGAGAAGGAAGGAGGGGAGAUGGAGGUGAGAGAGAUAAGUAUGGGAAUGGAGGACAUGGAAGGGAGGAACUUGACCGGGAAGGAGAGUUUGGUAGUUCUGCAAGAAGCAAUGGAGAGAGGGGAGAGGAGGAAAGGGAAAUGUGGGACGGAAGGGAAAGGAAGGUAUGAGGAAUUUGUAGAGAGGAAGAGGGAGAGGAAAGCAAGGAAGCAGAAGAUGGAAAAGGUUUUGGACAUGGUUUGCAUUGUUACUGGGAUCACCAUUUUUGUGUCUUCUUGGUCCUUCAUUUUGUUCAGGUAACAAGAAAGAGGUGAAGGGAAUCAGGGAGUGUUGACUAUUUAGUAGAAUUUAUUCAUUCAUUAAUUAUAUUGGAAAGAUAGAGGAAGAAAGAUCAUUAAAGGCAUAUCUGUUGAAUUAUCAAUUGGAUUGAUUCAAAAUCACUUCAAAUCAAUCAAUGGAGUUGUAAUUGUUUGGUUUUUGACGUUGUAUAUCUUCAUUUAUAAUAGCUUGUAAAUUCCCAUUU